AUGGCAUCUUUGGGCAGCAGGAGGGGGCCCUUCAAGCCGGGCGACUUGCGACCGGACGGCGUCCGGGGCCCUCCCAUGUGCUUGCCGCCCAUGGCCCAAAGGGCGCCCCAAGCGCCCGGCGAAUGGAAGCCGAAGCGCCGGGACAAGGCGCACGAGGAGCGCCUCGUCCUGGAGACCGCCAUCGAAGGGCCGGAGAAGCGGUCGGUCCGGGCCGUCAGUCCGCCGAGGCGUGCCAGCGGGGGCGUGACGAUUCCUAGAGCUGACGCAGAUGCGGACGAGCAACAGCCUGACAGGCCGAGCCUUGCUCUGCGGCUGCUGCGGAAAGGGGUAGUUGUGGCAGAAGUGCGAGCGGAACCUGCCAUGACGGUCCAAGAGCUGAAAGAGAGCCUCGCGGAGAUCCUCGGCACUGCUGCGGAGGACCAACGCCUCUUCUGGCGGCUUCGGAGCUUGCCGGACUACAGCAGCUUGAGAGCUUGCGGCCUGAGCUCCGGGGAGCAUGAGCUUACGCUGAUCCCUGAGCUUUCUCACCGCGCCACAGGAGUGGCGCCCAUCUGCGCAAGACGAGGCAUGAACAUGGUGCCAUCCGGGCCAUCGUUACCCUGGAAGCCGUCCAAGUACUCCAUGAUCAGACACGAGGACGGCUUCACGUGCCAUGGGUCAGGCUUUGCGCAGCUCUUGACCGCGUUUACUGAUGGACCUGUGGUCGAUCCCAAGAGUCCAUGGGACGGAGUGACCUCCGAGAGCCUCUUCAAAAGGCUCCACCCGGUGGUUCAGCAGAUGAUGACCUCAACGCCAUCUAUGAAGAAGGAAUGGGAGAAGACGAUGAGCACAGCCAUGCUCGAGAGCAAGAAGAAGCCGGUUCCUGAGCAACAGGAGCUGCGAAAUACGCUGGAGGACAACCUCAAGCAGAUGAACGCCAUUUACGAAAACCAUCCCAACAUUCUGGAUGAGUUUCACUCUGCGCUGAGAAACGGCAGAGGAGGACCGGGCGCCCGGCUUCAGCAGUCGGCCUUUCUGGACACGGCCAAAGGCGAUGCCAAAGAUCCCUGGGAUGGCGUCAACACUGAGAACCUCUUCAAGCGAUUGCACCCUGUGGUGAGGGACAUGAUGGAGAAAAUGCCUGGCAUGAAGAAAGAGUGGGAGAAGACCGUCAAUACCGCUAUGAUUCAGAGCAAAAAGAAGCCCGCUUCUGAGCAGCAAGAGAUGCGCGACACCAUGGAGCAGAACCUCAAGCAGCUGAACGCGAUGUACGAAGCGAAUCCCAGACUUCUGGAAGAUGUGCAUCGACUUUCAGCUGAGCAGUUUUGGCCCAUCAACUGGGGUCAGUAUCUGCACUGGGGUUUGACAAGGAGACGGUGGCGAUGGCUUUCUCUGAGCGCCCACCGCGAGCACCGCGAGCGAGCACCGCGUUUCACGCCGCGCCAGCUUCGGAGACGGGGAGGCCCUGACUGGGAGAACGGCUUCAGCGAUGCGCUGCGCCAUUUUGAGGAGGCAGUAACUCUUUGGAGGCGAAGAGAGGAGGCAACUUGCGAAGAGAAGACCGCAGGCCGGAAUCUGAACCAGCGCACCGUGGCAAGUUGCGACUUCGCAGCAGAGGACUGCUUGAAAGCGCACUUUCCGGAUCGCGAGAUCGAAAGUGACAACGCCCUCCGAACUCUCAUCAAGGUGGCCAAAAGCCAGCGGGAGGAGCUGGCAGAGGUGCUGGAGCUGGUUCGCCAGCAUGCGGAGCGCUUCGAAGGGCACUCCCAGCUGACCGCCCAGCUGCCUGACAGCAGCCUCGCUCGCAAGAAGAGCGGCGCGGAUGUGGUGGCUCUGUUGGCAGAGCUCUUGGAUGUGGCGUCCAGGAGCCUCAGCAAGACCCGCAAGGCCCCAGAAGGGGAGCGACGUGAGGAGCCUCGAAAUGGCCGAGGCCGCGAGAUCCGCCUGGAGCGCCGCGAUGCGCGAAAGGCCGGGCAGUCCGGGUCGUUCUCUUCGGUGUUUUAG